AUGGCAGGCCCUCAAUGCUGCUCGAAUCCACCAAUUCUCAACCCAAGCUAUGGAGUAGACUGUGCUGAAAAACUUGGAGGCCUUAACGUCUACGCCGCUGGCUCCCCUAACUCCAAGCUUGCCAUUGUUCUCGUCUCUGAUGUUUUUGGAUAUCGAGCUCCGAAUUUGAGGAAGCUUGCCGAAAAAGUGGCAGCUGCAGGAUUCUUUGUGGUAAUUCCAAACUUCUUCUAUGAUGAUCCGUUUGUAUAUGACAAUAACAGACCUCUAGCAGUCUGGUUAGAAGAUCAUGGAACGGAUAAAGGAUUUGAAGAUGCAAAAUCAAUAAUUAAUGCUCUUAAAGAGAAAGGUUAUUCUGCAAUUGGAGCUGCAGGAUUCUGUUGGGGUGGCAAGGUCGUGACAGAGCUCGCGAAGUCUGAUUUCGUCCAAGCUGCUGUGCUACUACAUCCUUCAUUUGUUGCUUUGGAUGAUAUUGAGGGGGUUAAAGUUCCCAUGGUGGUUCUAGGAGCUGAGAUUGAUGAAUAUUCUCCACUGGAACUCUUGAAACAAUUUGAGGAGAAAUUAGCUGCUAAAUCUGAGAUUGAUAGCUAUGUGAAGAUAUUUCCAAAAGCUGAGCAUAGUUGGACCAUGAGGUAUAUGAAGAUAUUUCCUCAUAGAUGA